AGCACCACUACUACUACCACCACCACUAUUACCACCACCACCACCACUACUACCACCACCACUACUACUACCACCAGCAUCACCACCACUACUACCACCACUACUACUACCACCAGCAUCACCACCACUACUACCACCACUACUACUACCACCAGCAUCACCACCACUACUACCACCACCACUACUACUACCACCAGCAUCACCACCACCACUACCACCACCACUACCACCACCACUACCACCAGCAUCACCACCACUACCACCACCACUACCACCACCAGCACCACCACUACCACCAUCACCACCACCACCAUCAUCAUCAUCCGUCCCACGUUGCCGUUGCGCAAUCCAGGAAGAGGCGAGCACGAGGAAGGUGCGGCGCUUCCAAAUACCACGACUAACAUCAGCGCCAUCACCACCACUACUACCACCACCACCACUACCAUCACCACACUACCACCACCACCACUCCAACCACCUCCACUACUCCCACCACCACCAACCACUUCUACUACUGCUACCGCAACUCCUACUCCCACCACCACCACUACUAUUACCACCACUACGCCUCCUGCUACGCCGCCACCAUCACCACGACACCCACCACCACGACCAUCAUCAACAACCCAAACCACACUCACUCCACCACCACCACCGCCACCACCAGCGAGGUCAUGGCCGAGGCAUCGCCACAAGAGCCACAUUGCUGCUGCGCCCUGCGCUGGAAGUCGCUGCCGCCCAUGCCCACGCCGCGGGUCUACUGCGCCGUGGGACAGCUCCUCCCCGACGGCGCCGGGUCGAUCUGCGCCCUGGGCGGCUGCGACGGCCGCGGGACGCCGCUCGCCGUGGCCGAGAAGUGGGACCCCGGGGCCGGCCGCUGGCUCCCUCUGCCGCCGCUGCCAGCGCCUCGGGCAGGCGCCUCGGUCGUGACCCCGCGGGCGCAGGGAGGACGGCCCCGGCUGCUGAUGGUGCUGGGUGGGGUGGACCCCCGGCAGAGGCCGCUCAAGGAGGUGGUGGUGUUCGCGGAGGACGAGGGGCGAUGGAGGAGCGCGCAGCCUCUGCCCGAGCCGAGCAUGGGGGUGGCCACUGUGGUGACGCACGAAGGGAAGGUGUUCGUGAUCGGGGGCAUGGGGCCCAACUCCAGCUGCCACAGCAGCGUGCUUGAGUACGUGGAGGCGCAGGAUCGCUGGGCGGCCAUGCCACCCAUGCCCACGCCCCGCUACGCCGCAGGGGCCUUCCUCAUCGACGGCAAGAUCUACGUCAUCGGUGGCCGGCAGGACAAGCGGGCGGUCACGUCGCUGGAAUGCCUCGACCUGGAGACGAGGUCGUGGACGAGCCUGCCCGAGCUCCCCUCGUCGCACGUCUUCCAGAACCACGGCGCCACCGGGCGGCUCAUCGUCACCGCAGGGGGAGUCGUGCCGCCGCCGGCGCGCGCCCGCCACGCGCACCCCACCUUCACCAGCGCCGUGCACGCGUUCGACGUGCGCCAGAGCGAGUGGGUGGCCCUGACCAGUGAACAGAGCCUCAAGGAGCAGCGAGCAGAUUUUGUGAUGGGAACUUUGGAAGGGAAGGUGGUGGUGGCUGGUGGUCUCGGUGUCGGAGGUUGUCCACUGGCCUCAACCGAGGUGCUGGACCCCGACACGAAAUGCUGGGCGCCGGCGGGUAAAAUGCCCACGCCGCGCGCCGCCUGCAGCACACUGCAGACGCCGGGCGAGCUGUACGCCAUCGGAGGGGUGUGCGGCGGGCCAAGCGGCGCCGUCGACAUGCUCGCCUCCGAGUGACCUCCGAGUGACCUCUGUGUGAUCACCGCGGCUGCCGCCGCCGCUGCCGUUAUGGCUGCACGGCAGACACUUAUUUCAUCGGCGUGUUUGCGGCGUGUGGCGUGCACUUUGGAACAACUGUUGGAUGGCCGUCAGGCAGGGGUAGGUCGACUUUAACACGAGGACUUUCACGGCCGAUAUCAAGAUUCAUAAUUUGUUCCAUUUUUGGGUCAGAUCGCGUAAGUAAAAUGUGUGUCAUUAAGCCUCCUUCACCCGACAACAACUUAAUGAAUUGGCCGUGUUGGGUGGAGGAGGGUUUACAACACAUAGUUGAAUUGCGCGGUGAUCUGAGCCAAAAAGUAAAUUCUGGAAGUUUGACUUGUGGGCUUCGGAGAGUCCGUCCGUUUGUGAUAAUUCGAUUUGCGCAGCUUCUCCACCGCCGUAAUUACAAGCCCAGCUGAGUUCACAAUUUAAUUGGCUUCUUAGAAAAGGCAAAAUAAAUAAUUUUUGUGGUAUCCGUCUUUUGUGUUUUCUGUGAAUUAUAACAGAUGGCUUGCAUCCCUGUAUUGUGUGUGUGGGCAUGGUUAUUACAAGCAAACCAUCGCGUAAUGUUUCUCACCAAUCAAAGCAAAUUAUAUUGAUUAAAUUAAUUAAUACUUUAUUACUUAUAUUUGUAUCGUUUUCACAUUAAACUUUGUAUGAAAGGUACGAGUCUAUGGUUAGCCUAUUGUGAUUUUUUUUAAAUUAGGUUAUGGUAUGUUAAAAAGUCAAUUUCUUCAAUUCAAUUGUAUUGCCCUUUUUGAAUAGAAUAAUGAUUGAGUCAUCAUUACAUGGUUGAGGCGUUUUAUUUCUGUGUGCCUCUCAUUGUUCAUACUUGAAUUGUUUAUGAAUAUCAACGAGAGCGGUUUAAUAUCGGCAGACGAGGGCACGAUGGAGUUCUUUUGGAAAACUGAACAUGAUAAUGAAUAGUGAAAUACACGGUUGCCUCAAGCAAAGGGAUUUCAGUGAGUCCAUAUUACCUGCUUUAAAAUAUGGGUUUAAUGUAAAAACAAUGUCCUGUAAUUGAAUUGGCAACAAAGCUUUAAUAUCCCACAGUUUGGGUCAGAGCACAUAUAUCUUCAUGAUUUAGUCUGCAAUUAAUUCCGAAUCAAUUUGACAUGAUCCUGCCUUAUCUCUAAUUAGUCUGUAUGACCUCGUGCCGCGGCGGAUUUCUCGCCUACUUCAGCGUUUUUUUCUUGCUGUGGUUGUCUCACCUGAUGACGAUUGCUUGUGUUGCGAUCGAAACGUCGUGAUCUAUUAUUUUUCUACCUCCGUGACUUUACCGAAAGAACCAAAGAGUAUGGAUUCCUGCAGUCACGAAAGCUUCAAAUCAAGGUUGAAUACUUUUAUAAUGAAAAAAUGUAUAACUGCUGAACGCUAGAUUGUUUCUAAACAUAUGCAUAGAAUGGAUCAGAAAAUAUUCUUAAACUUUUGUGCUCAGUAGAAAUAGGCUGAUGUAUUUUCAUACUUUAACUUCAAAGCAGCCAGAAAAUAUUGUCUGUUUUUUACAUACAUCACACGGAUAUACGCAGGUCCUUUAUACAAUACAGUACUUCAUUAGGGCGGGAAACAACACACGGGACCAAAUGUCACAGAUGCAGCAAAUAUUAUAUUCAUUUGAUUUACACAGAAACAAGGGCAUUGACAAAGAAAAUGGAACAAACGCGUGCAGAGAAGCACGGAGAGGUGUGCAUGCUUGUAAUUAGAGAGAGAAAGAAGAACACAUGGAUCAGUGAGAAAACCCAAAGUUGGAGAUCCUAUUGACACAAGACAAGUACAUCGGUGGCCUCAGACAAGACCCUUUGCUAGAAUGAUCGAUAGCCAGCGGUGGAGACUUCAUGCCAGAGUGGCAGCCAACAAAAAAGCCGUGCUCAAGGCGAUGUCCACCACUGAGGUGGAGCGAUGGAAUGAGCCGGUGUGCAGGUGCCAGAUUGAUUGUUACAUCGCAGGGAUGGCGUUGGCUUGAACGAGCCUUCAUUCCGCAAUAGAUCAAUGCUGGUGAUGACUUUUCAUAAGUAGAAGAUUUGGCCACGUGUAUUUUAUUGCUCGAUGUUGAUUUUUGUUUGUGUGCCGGCCUCGCGUUUACACUAAACCUGCCGUGUGCUGCGUAAUUCAGUCUUUUCAAGACUUUGAGUUGGUGGAUGACACGGGGAUUACAUCAUCAGUGAGAGGGCGAGUAUCAUGGCUGAUUGCCUGGUCUGAUCAGACGGGAUGAGGUAUGAGAGCACUGAACUAUGCAGAUGAGGCCGUGGCUUGGCGUGGCCUGGCAUGACCAAGUACACGUACUAUACACGAUAAUAAUCAUAAUUGUCAAGUUGUAUAUUUGUUGAACUUUCGCACCGUACGUAGCCAACCGUGCUAAUUGGAUGUGCCGGGGAGAUCUUGCAUGUUGUUGGCUCGUGUGCUCCACUCAGACUGCAUAUCCCUUGCUCACGAUUGCAACAUGUGUCCAUUUGUUUUUAAUAUUUGGCCAGUUUUUAUCGUGGGUGUUUACACCGCUGCUCUGCUGAUUUAUUUGUUUAGUUUACCAUGUGAAGCUCACUGAGCUAUUCGCUAUGUUUCAUGUUCAUUGGCAGCGUUGAGCCAGUGGUGGAAAUUCCACAUUCCCAUGGAGAGGGUCGGCUUCUUUGCAGGAUGACAACUGUUCACGUUCCACAAAAUGAUGUCUGUUGUGCCCUAUGAUUAUGGGAAGGCAGUCAACAUUUAUUACAUAAUAGGGACUGGCGAUUGCGUCACGACUGGUCCACAUUUGUAACGCAAAGCGUCCUCCUCGACAUUAUUUUCCACUCGCCAAUGCACACGCACGACAUGCAGCUGGCCGCUCCCCACAGAUACAAUCCCUUAGCCUUAGUGUGCACAUGCUGGAGUGGAAGGCAUCAUGGUGAAUAACAGGCAUGUUUGUCAUCAUUAGAGAUGCAUAAUAAAUGUACUGCAGU